AUGACGCAAGCUUUGCGCACAGGAAAUGACAUAUUGGAUGUCACUGCCCGUCGUUCUUCACAACCUGUGCCGAGGAAGCCAUCCAACAAGAAGGAUAUCGAUGAAAUCAAAGUUGGCCAGUGGAUCUUACUGGUCAAUAGACUUGAUGUAAUAUCACACAGAUGCUCACAUAUUGAGGCAGAAGCGGCCAGACUCUCUUUUUCUAGAGAGUGGGGCCAUGAAGAGGUUGACACCUACCUACGUGCAAUUUUUCCGACACCAUUUGGGUACAUUGACAACCACACGAAAGGCAAGAGCAUAAAUGCCGCAUGGGUGCUGAUUGAGAAGGAAAAUCGUAGGAUUGCCAUCGUCCCAAAGGAUAGGCCAUCUGGCCAGGAUUUGUAUCGUUACAGAGGCCCAGAAAAGUGCAGCGUAGCAAAUGCUCGGAUCAUGAUUGGCAUGUUCUUAUAA